ACGGCGACAUAGGAUAGACCACCAAACCUUUGUUCCUUCCGACAUAGCAGUAUAUCAUUUGUUUCUUCUUCCUGCUCUCUUCCUUCUUCGUAGUCGUCGUCGUCGUCUUGACAAGCUUGAUCGAUCGAUUGAUGGCGCGGAAAGGGGAGGGCGCGGGUCCUAAUCCUCCGGCGACGACCAUGAUCUACGCGAUGGUGGCGCGGGGGACGCUGGUGGUGGCGGAGCACACGGCGUACACGGGCAACUUCCGGGACAUCGCGGCGCAGUGCCUGCACAAGCUCCCCGCCGGCGACAGCCGCUUCACCUACACCUGCGACGGCCACACCUUCACCUUCCUCCUCCACCAGGGAUACGCCUACUGCGUGGUGGCGACCGAGUCGGCGGGGCGCGAGGUGCCCCUCGCCUUCCUGGAGAGGAUCAAGGAGGAGUUCAACAAGCGGUACGCCGGAGGCAAGGCCGCCACCGCCACCGCCAACAGCCUCAGCAAAGAUUUCGGGCCGAGGCUGAAGGAGCAGAUGCAGUACUGCAUGGAUCACCCGGAGGAGGUGAGCAGGCUGUCCAAGGUGCAGGCCCAGGUCUCCGAGGUCAAGGGCAUCAUGAUGGAAAACAUCGACAAGGUGAUCGAUCGCGGGGAGCAGAUCGACGGCCUGGUGACGAGGACUGAGCAGCUCCACGACCAUGCCAUGGAUUUCAGGACCGAGGGCACGCGGCUCCGCCGAAGGAUGUGGUACCAGAACAUGAAGAUCAAGCUCAUCGUCGCCGGCAUCGUCGUCGCCAUCAUCCUCAUCAUCGUCCUCUCCAUCUGCCAUAGAGACCACUGCAAGUAGCCAUAGCAUAUCAUCCUAGCUUCGUCCACAGCUUGAACAGAAAAUUUAAGUCUCAAUCGUUGAUUCUAUAAUAUAUUACUACUAUAUUACUGGUUCU